CCUGCAGAAGUCUUGUUUCUUGCCCUCAGUCUUAUGGUUGUUUCUUCGUUUCUGCAUCGUUUCUGGGAAUUUGUCGAUUUCUGCACCCAGAACAGUGACACAGAACCACACAGGACUCCUGGGAUCAGGCACAUGGGACCAGAGAGCGCUUGGUUCUAUCAAAUAGCGUUGCAGUCAGAGCAUCUUCGGUGGAAGGGAAGCUGCUUAAAGAGAAGGGCUCAGAAACGGGAAUGAGAACAUGGAUUUGGAAAUCAGAACUGAGAGUCCUCUGAGACACGUGGGGGGAAGGAAGAUGGCAAGAGACAAGGAAAGCGCCUAUGGCUCAGAGGAGGAUUCACGGGUCCCACGGAUGCCCCUACUGAGGCUCAUCCUGGUAGGCAGCACCGGGACCCAGACUAGCAAGAGUGCCACAGGUAACAGCAUCCUGGGCCAGAAGUGCUUCCUUUCCAAGCUGGGGGCUGUGCCUGUCACCAAAGCCUGCUCCUGGGCCAGCAGGAAGUGGGCCGGCUGGCAGGUAGAGGUGGUGGACACCCCAGAUGUCUUCAGCUCUGAGGUCUCUCAGACCGACCCCACGUGCAUGGAGACAGCCCACUGCUUCCUACUGUCCUUGCCUGGGCCGCAGGCGCUGCUGCUGGUCACCCAGCUGGGUCGCUUCACCACUCAGAACAGUCAGGCACUGGCCGGGGUGAAGAGGGUGUUCGGGGAGCAGGAGCAAGGAGGACCUGGCUGGAGAAUUUGCAGGAUUACGUGUGCUUCAUGGACAACCACAGUGCAGGAGCUGGUGGUGGAAUGCCGGAGGGAGUCGGGGGUCGGGUGGGGAAGCGCGUUGCCCUCAACAACCUUGCCAAGUGAGGCACAAGCUGAGCAGCUGUUGGGCCCGGUGAGGAAUCACGAGGAAGCGCACAACUCCAAUGAGAUACAUGAGCUGGUGCAGGCCCUGCAGGACGCUGACCCCCAGGACCAACUUGCCAAGGUGGUGGAGAUGGGGCCAGCACGCAGGCAGAAGGUCCUGCACACUAGGCUGCUAGCUGGGCUGUGGGUGUGGCAGAAAACCCAUAAACUCUCUAAAACUCUAAACCGCUAGGGGCCUCCCUGCUGAUCUAAGCUGUACUGUAAGGAAGACUGUUGGGGUCCAGUCUCCAGUAGUCUUUCCCCAGUGUGGAACCAAAAUAAGACCAAAAUGCUUUCACCUUAAAACUAAGGCCUCAGAUUUCUCCUUUUAGGUACAGGCCAUGAGUUACUGACACCAGUCAGUCCAGAUUCCGGAAACCAGGAAGUGUAAAAGUACAGAGUCACAAGGUAGUCAGUCACGAGGUAAUGACUGCCGGACUAUGGAAUGUUCCAACCCUGGUUUCCAGGGUGACUGACCACAGAAAUGUCCCCACCUGAGGGCAGCCAAUGAGAAAUGGUGGCAGGCAACCACCCCUUUAGAAGUAAGAUUAAGCCAUGUUUUCUAGAAAGUCCCUAGAAGCGAGCCAAUCGGAAUUGUACUCGUUCUAGCACCCCUAAAUGAUGCAACCUUGUGGGUUUUGCCUUUAAAAACUGAGCUUGCAGAGAGGCGGGCACUUCCUCCAGCCUCCACUGCAUUGGAUCUGUUGGAUGAAGUCCCUGCCUAGGCUUGUAUUGCUUUUGGAUAUCCCGAAUUAAACCUUGCUUUUGCAUUCCAGCACGCUCGUCUUCGGUGGUCUCUCCGGUGGUUGCGAUCUGGGCACAACACCCAGGGUUCCAGAACAUAUGCUACCAACGGGAGAAUUAAUCUGAGGGAAACAAAUCUAAGUACACCAAGCUCUUUAGUUCAUACACUUUAUUCUUCUAAGACAAAAUCUAUCUACACAGCUUCAAUUCUGUUCUCAUAGUCAGCUCCUCUCUGUCCUUUCUCCUUCUGUCCUCUCAUUAUCCUAAGUCCUUCCCAUCUUUGUUCCCCCAUCUUCGCUCUCCCACUCACUUCAUUCUUCCCAGACAAAAUCCCUCGUGAACUGGUGUGUAAACACUUACAGGCAGUAAGUCUUUGACAAUGCAAAUGGAGGUUUUCAGGGUCCUCGGAAGAGCAGCCAUAGUCAGCUUCAUUUGCAACCCAAAAGGGGAGUGAAUCAAGGAGGUGGGGUCAGUUAAGGGCUGGAAUCGGUUAAUAAAUCAGAAAGGGAAUUUAUGUGUUCAAACUAUAUUCUUAGAAGUGGUUAGGUGAAACGUUACUAUUCUGCGAGUCACUAAAAUAAAGCUGCCCUUUUUUCCUAAGUGACCGUUUUCUGGCAGGGCGGGGGAAGAGUACUCAGUAGGUAGGUAACCUGUGUCACAGCAUGAAGUACCUGAUGUGAAAAAGCCCUUUUGUUCUGAGUAAAUUGAGUGCAAGUCUAGAGGUGCCACUUGGGCUGUGAAAGAAAAGGGGGUCUGAGCUUAAUUUGCACAAGAAAUAAAGCUAUGUACCUAAUGUCCACCUAGCCUAGGCAGUGUCUCCUUACAGAUAUUUACCUUAAUUCAGGAGACUAGCAGGUGGUAUGGAAUGUUAUUCUGUCUUCCAUUUGUCUUUGGAUGUAUGAGAGGUAUCUCAGAUAAAAUGCUUUUGUCCAGAUCUGGCCCUGGCCUUGGAUGCUAGCUAAAGGAGAUAAUUACAGAAGGCUGACAUUUGAUUCUAAUGCUAGAAACAAAAAACAAAAACCUGAAAGAAGGAAGCUUUGCCUGUGUGACUGUUAUCCAAAUACCUUAAUAUACAGGAAAAAACUAUGCCCAAAGAAUGAGCAAUCCACACUGUUUAGAAGUUCUUAGGAAAAAGAAUCAAUUGGGUAACUACACCAGCACACAUGAAAUUCAUAGCAGGAAGCAGCUGAUAUAUUCCAAAGCCAAAUAUCACCAGGACUCCUUGAGACUUGGCGUAUCCUCUGAAAGUGCCCUUGGCUUCUUCCAGGUAUUAGCUUUGUCAUAGUCAGCUGAAUUCCUACUUCCUGAGGACAGUAUCACUGCCCCACUGGAUGGGUCAGUCCUACCUGACAGAUUAUAAACUAACUUUGACCCGUCCACUGAUGAUCAAUUAGUGUCUAUUUUGCAUCUCAGGACCUCGGACUCUCUUUUCCUCCCUCACCUCCCUAAAAUCAUACAACUGGAGCUCUCAGGCAGACCCACUUCCCUUCCAGGACUUCAGUUUACUGAAACAUUCUGCCCUUUCCUCAGCUCUUCCCUCUUCUCUGCUGACCUCAGACUGCCCCUCCCUGUCAGGGAGUUGUCUUCCAGUCCCCCUAGUCCACACACACACUGCACCAAGAGCUAGAAUGAGCACUGAAUCUGUCAUUCCCAUAAAUAAGUGCACUGGAUUGUCUCAUGAUGUUUUUUUUUUUAAAUGUUUAUUUAUCUUAUGCUCACUGAACAAAGAGACACAGAUGCUAUCUGCAAAGACAUGCAGAGAAGCACACAUGCAUGCAUAGGCAUUCCUGUGUCCACUAUCAGAAGAGGACACACUGGAAGGGAAGGGUGCAGAGAGUGUUCUGAUCAACAGUGCCCAUCUUUCCAGGAGGGGGUUGUCUUCUCAUCCUUGCCCAUCACAUCCUGGAGCACCUCUAGUGCUGACUGCUGGUGCAGGGCUAGUGUGGACAGUCUGAAUUACUUGGAGAGCCUAUCACAGCAUGGAAGGCAUGACAGGUGGCCUCAAACUCACAGCAAUCCUCCUGCUUCAGCCUUCCCAGUACUGAGGUUAGAUGUGUAGGCUAACACUUACAGCUUCUCCUUCAUGUUUGAAGAAGAGUUUUGCCAGAUAAAGAAUUUGAGGUUGACAUUUUUCCCCCAGUAUUUUGUGCCAACUUACUGAUUUCUGGUUGGUGAUGAGGAAGUGGCAGCACUCUUGUUUAAGGUACCUUCUACAUGACGGGCCGCUUCUUUCUUACUGUUUUCAAGAUUCUCUUCGACGUCUUUUGAAAGCUUGAUUAUAAUGUGCUCAGGUAUGAGUUUCUCUAAGUUUAUCCUAUCUAAAGUUCAUUAGUGUCUUUGAUGUGCAGAUGAACAGAUUUUGUUUAAUAUGGUCACCAUCUCUCCAGCUCCCUCUUCCUCCCCGUCUCCCCCUUCCGGGAUUCCUAUUGUAUGUAAACUUCACAGGUCCCUGAUGUGGCUGGUUUCUCUUAGUCCCUUUUUGCUGUCUGUUCCCAGAGUGUACCUCUCAAUUGUCCACCUUCCAGUUCACUAUUGCCUUUUCUGCUUGUUCAAAUCUGCUAUCAAGCCCUGCUGUGAACUUUUCAUUUUAUUAUGCUUUUUGUCAACUCCGGAGCCACUGCUUGGUGUUUUAAACACAAUGUGCAUCUCUUUCCUGGUGCAUUCUUUAAAUGUUCUUUAACGGGGCAUUACUUUAAACGUAUCUUUACUUCUUUAGACAUGUCCCUUUUGCUUAUUCUGAAAGAUUUUUAGCAGCUGACUUGAAAACCUUUUGUGGUAAGUCUUACA